AUGGAGUUUGAAAAUUUGAAGAUGAACGAGAAAGAGAAAGAGACAUUAGAGGAAUUCUACAAUAAGCUUGUUCAGCUUGUUAAUCAAAUGAAGAGCUAUGAUGAUGACAUUCCCAACAAGAGAUUAAAUGAGAAGAUUUUAAUCUCUUUACCCUUUAAGUUCGAAUCCAAGAUUGCCGUAAUUGAAGACACUAAAGACAUCUCCACCAUAAAUGUUGAAGAAUUGACCGGCUCACUGAAGUCCAGUGAGCAAAAAUUGAAUCGACACUAUAAAAAAUCUAUUGACAGUGCUUUUCAAUCAAUGCUCGAUGUUGAUUCCAGAAGUAUAGAAAAAAGACCUCAAGAAUCAUCUAGAGGUGGAAGGUGUGGUAGAGGAAGAAAAAGAAAUUCAAGAGGAAGAGGUAGAGGAAGUUAUGAUCGAAAAAUUGAAGGUGACAACUCUCAAAAGAAGUUUAGAAUUUGUAAUAGGAGUAGCCAUGAAGAGAAGGAUUGUUGGUUCAAGGGGAAGCCACAAUGCCACAACUGUAAGAAGUUCGGCCACUUGAAGAAGGAUCGUCGCUUCAACUCCAACCAGCAAGCAAAUUACAUCGAGGAAAAAGAAGAUGAAGGCAACCUAUUUUUUGCAUGUCAAAGUGUAGCAGAACAAAAAAAUGAUCAAUGA